CGAUGAGUAAUAUAUACGUUGUUUUUACUACCGCGUGGUUUGAAAAUACAAAACCAUACCGUCUUUCCUUCUGCUUUAUUGACCACGGUUUUUGAUUGAAGUCAAUAAUGGUGUUAUAACAUCCCUUAAGCCCUUCAGACACCACGUUGGAAUUCUGGCACGGAUUAUUAUAUUAUAAUACUAUUGGACGCAAUCUUUCUCAAUACGCCAUUGGUGCAAUUACUUGCAGAGUAACCUUCGUUAAUCGAGUGAACUUAUUUGUGGUUGUUAUUCUCACGAGGCAGCUUUCGAGUAACAUUCAGUUCAUAAUAAUUGUUAUUUGUUUGUUUAAUAUACUCUUUGUCAUUCUAACUAUAUUUUGUUACCUUGGUUUUAUUAACAGACAGGCACUUAUGGUUUUUACUAUUAAUUUUCUUGGUAUAUUAUUAUCAAACUAGUGUAUCGACAUACCGUUUAUAAGCUCCUUUUGCUGGGAAUCACCACAAAGGUUAAGCCAUAUCAGUCACAUUUUUACUCGUUUAUAAGUCACCUUACUUUUAUGUCAAAACAAAGUGGUUUUUAAUUUUGUUGAUUGAGGUUGAAUAAAAUCAAGUCUGAUUAUCAAUAGUUCACAUAUAAGUAUUUGUCUAAGCAAUCUUAUAAUGUUUUUGUGUCGUUCCUCCAAACUAAUCUGAAAAUCCAGAUGAGGUAGAAAUCAUUAAUUAGCUUAAAGAACUAACUCACUAUUAAGCUAAGUAUCAUAGCAACUCAUGAAAAUGUAAAAAGACAAACCGUUUCGUACCUGAAUGUUCUCUUGUUUAUAUUUAUUUAUUUUAUUUUAACAUAUAGAUAUUGGUACAAGGAAGCACCAAGUACAUAUGCGCCACACAAUUCUCAUUCGAUAUGUGUGAGGGCUGUGAUACUACCCGGGUGCCCAAACCGAAGCAGGUGGUUUUCUUAGGAGGCCACACCCCGAGCCUUCGACUUGAGGAUCUGGUCCACAAGGCAGUGGAGCAUCGUGAGGAGAUACAUUCCCAUGGUAGCCGGUGACCAACGAUUGGUUCAUACGCCAUACUGGAGCCCAUGUGCACCGUUGAUUUGGAAUCCGGUUAAAGCGCCGGACACUCGCUUUUCGUCCUCUCAUUUUCGUAAACAACACCCUCGCCACGAGAAGGCAGUGAGUAGGACUUCCCUGGCAGAGGCUAUAUACUCGUGGCCAUGUGAGACCAUUUCGAAAGGGAGAGCGAACUCUCCCCAUUCUCGGCCGUACCAGGGGAUUUGGGGGCAAACGUGAUAUCUUACUUAGGUUGAGUUGUGACUGGUACUUACUUACUUACCUACAACUGUUACUCCUCGUAAAAGAGCAUAGGCCGCUCACCAUCAUUCUCCAUCCAGCCCUGUCCUUGGCAGUCUUUUCCAGCUCCUUCCAGUUGUUAUUCAUCCUUUACAUAUCUGCUUCUAUUUACCGACGUAAAGUGUUCUUUGGCCUUCCUCUUUUUCGCUUCCCUACAGGAUUCCAAGUUAGGGCUUGUCUCGUGAUGCAGUUUGACGAUUUGAGUAGUGUAUGUCCUAUCCAUUUCCAUCGUCUUUUCCUAAUUGCUUCUUUGGCUGGAAGCUGGUUUGUUAUCUCGCAGAGAAGGCUGUUGCUGAUGGUAUCCGGCCAAUGGAUGUUUAGUAUCUUGCGUAGACAGCUAUUUAUAAAUACUUGCACCUUCUUGAUGAUGGUUGUUGUAGUUCUCCAAGUUUCAGCUCCGUACAGUAGAUCUGCCUUGACAUUCGUAUUGAAGAUUCUCACUUUGAUAUUGGUUGACAGUUGUUUUGAGUUGUAUAUAUUGUCCAACUGUAGGAAUGCUGUCCUUGCUUUGCCAAUCCUCGCGUUUACGUCUGCAUCGAUUAUGCUUCCCAGGUAUUGAAGGAUUCCACAUCUUCCAGAGUUUCGCCAUCAAGUGUGAUUGGAUUACUGUUCUACGUGUUGUAUUUGAGGACAUUGGUUUUCCCCUUGUGUAUGCCGAGACCUACUGAUGCAGAGCCUGCUGCUUCACUGGCUGUCUUUAUCUGCAUUUGUUCGUGUGUAUCGGACAGAAGGGCUAGGUCAUCUGCGAAGUUAAAAUCGUCUAAUUGAUUCUGAGUUGUUUAUUGUAUUCCGUGUUUUCCCUCAGAUGUCGAGGUCUUCAUAAUCCAGUCGACCACCAGAAGAAAGAGGAAUGGAGAGAGUAGACAGCCUUGUCUGACUCCGGUGCUUACUUGGAAUGCGUCUGUCAGCUAUCCUCCAUGCACGACCUUGCAUGUAGUCCGUCGUAUGAGUUCCGGAUAGUGUUGACAAUCUCCUCAGAAACUCCGUAGUGUCACAGAAGUUUCCAUAACGUUCUCCUAUCCACACUGUCAAAUGCCUUUUCAUAAUCAAUGAAGUUGAUGUACAGUGACGAGUUCCACUCAAUUGAUUGUUCGACGAUGAUCCGUAGUGUCACAAUUUGGUCUGUGCACGACCGAUCCUUACGGAAUCCAGCUUGUUGAUCUUGAAGUUGGUCAUCUACUGUGUCUUCCAUCCAGUUUAGCAACACUCUGUUGAAAACUUUUCCUGGUACUGACAGUAGUGUGAUGCCUCUGUAGUUUUCCAGUUGCUCACAUCUCCUUUUCUUGGCAUCUUAAUGAGUUCUCCUUCUUUUCAGUCCGUCUGCACUUGUCUUCUCAAAUCUUUCUCAAUGGGAUGUGAAGUAUGCUUGUGGUUGCUUCUAUAUCUGACUUUGGUGCUCCAGCUGGUAUACUAUCAGGUCCUGCUGCUUUCCUAAUCUUGAUUUUUCUGAUGGCCAUCCUGGUCUCUCCGAUCGUUGGUGGAGUGAUAUAUAUGGGAUGGUUUGUAGUUGUUGCUUCGAUGUCCGGUGGAUUCAAUGGAGCUGGUCUAUUCGAGAGUUCCCCAAUAUGUUCUACCCAUCUAUUCCUCUAUUCUUGAAUCUCAGUGAUUGACUUGCCUCCUUUGUCUUUAACUGGCCUCUCUGGUUUAACAUUUCCCUGCCAGUUUCUUCAUUGUAUCAUAUAGCUGUCUCAUACUUCCUUCUCCUGAAGCUUUUUCCCAUGUCGUUGCUGGGCCUUUCACGUAUUUCUGCUUGUCGGCUCUAAUGCUCUUCUUCACCUGCUUGUUUGCUUCCGUGUUUUUAGCGUGUUCCUUGACUUUCUCUGUCCUUGUUCGGUUGUUGCUAAUUGCUGUGUUCUCGUUUUUCCUUUUUUUUGAUCCUGUCCAGUGUUUCUUUAGAGAUCUGUUCUUUAUGAUUAUGCUUCUUUCGGCCCAGAACCUCUUGACACGUUGAAAUUAGUGCUUUCUUUAUCCCUUUCCAGUUGUCCUCCAUAGUAGAUUCUUCUCCCUUCAGUAGAUCCUGUGAGGCUUGGAACCUGUUGUUGAGAUUUAUCUUGAAUUCAUUGAGUUUGUCAGUAUCUCGAAGGAGGGCUGUAUUGAACCUUUGUAGUGCUGUUUGUCCAGUUCUUCUUUAGCUUCAGUUUUAAAUUGGCCACAACCAGGUGGUGAUCUGAAGCUUUGUCAGAUCCUCCCCAUGGUUCUCACAUCUUUUAUUGUCCUUGGAAACUUUUUAUUGAUGCAAAUAUGAUCUAUCUUGUUCUCUGUGGUGCGGUCCGAUGAGGUCCAUGUAGCCUUGUGCAUACGUUUGUGUGGAAAUAUUGUGCCUCCUAUGACCAAUUUGUUGAAUGCACACAAAUUCGCAAAUCUUUCUCCAUUUUCGUUUCUCUCUCCCAGUCCAUGUCGUCCCAUUAUGUCUUCAUAUCCAGUGUUGUCUAUCCCGACCUUGGCGUUUAGAUCUCCCAUCAGAAUGGUGAGUUCCUUUCUUGAGCACUUUUCUAUGAUUGAUUGCAGCCGCUCAUAGGAUUGAUCUUUAAUGUCGUCGUUACUGUCAUUGGUGGGUGUAUAACAUUGGAUAAAAUUCAUUGUGAUCCCCUCCUUCUUUGUUUUGAAUGAUACUUUGAUUAUACUGGAUCCGUGAGAUUCCCAUCCUAUAAGUGAAUUUCGUGCUAAUUUGGACAGCAUUAGAGCAACUCCCUGAGUGUGUGGAGCAUUUUCCUCUUCGUGAUCGGAGUAUAGCAGCAUCCGAUGGGUUUCGCUGAUUCCCAGUACUUCCAAGUUGUUUCUCCUCAUUUCCGUUGCUAUUUGACUGGUCUUCCCGGUCUCCCACAUUGUCCGUACGUUCCAUGUACCUAUAAAAAUUGUUGCUCUGGUUCUUAGGAGGGGCAUCGGCCUCGUGGCUUCCGAAGGGACUCGGCUUUCACCAUGAGGCGUCAUAUUUCUCCUAAAUGAAUACCUUCUGACUCCCAGGGCAGUGUUUAAAUGGUUUGAAUUAUUUUUUCUGGUUAUCGUUUUUUAGCGAGUUAGUUUUCUGCGGGAUGGAGUUGCUAACCCCAUGCACAGCCCUCCUCCGUUACUCGAGCUUGGGACCGGUGGUAACUCUAGAAGAGCUACAGGCGGAGUUCAUCAGGCUCAUAGCAAAACGAUUUUGAUGGCCUAGUAUGGAUAAAGACGUAAGGGAGUGGGAACACUCUUGCCAGAAAUCUAAAUUAAUUAGGCGCUGCAAAUGUCCAUUGGGCCCUUUUAAGACUUGAGACGCCCGUUUCAACCAUGUUCGUCUGGAUUUGAUAGGACUCUUACCAGGUUCAAAUGGAUACUCUUUUAACUUGUGUAAACCGCUUCACUCGAUGGCCAGAAGCAGUACUCGUCAAGGACAUUACUGCUGAAACAGUGGACCGUGCCAAACAGUGGAUAGCAAACUCCGGCUGUCUUUCAACUAUCACCACAGACCGUGGACGCCAGUUCGAAUCCGGACUUCUACGUUGUCUUACUACACCACUAAAGAUUACGCGAUUCCGAGAGACCAGCUACGACUAACAGGCAAAUGGGUUGGUAGAACGCUUUCACCGACAGCUUAAAGCUUUCUUAUUAGCUGAAAACGUUUCAGAGUGGACCGACGAUUGUCUACUCAUGUUACUCGGUAUUCGCAAUGUAGUGAAAGCUUACAAUGGAUAAACUGCAGCUCAACUCGUUUAUGGACCGACAAUCCGACUUCCAGGAGAAUUCGUGGGUCCUCCACGUUAUUCACUGACUAUGGGCUUGUAGAUGCAAUACGUUCAGUUUAAUCUAUUUCCACUCGACCUCAGUCAACUAGUGUUUUCGUUCAACCUGCCUUACGACAUAGUGCACACGUCUUUGUAUGUCACGACUCACAUCGACAACCUCUUGAAACAGCAUAUGAAGGACCCUUUAAAGUUCUUCAGCAUGAACCUAAGUACCAUACAACCGAUAAGAAUGGAACUAACGAUAGCAUCAGCGCCGACUGCAUCGAAGCCGCGUACUUAGAAGAAAAUCCUAUUCAUGUCGAUUUUUCUUCGGUGUAAUCAAAAGGUACGAUACCUCAUCUAAUAGCCAGCAAUCACGAUGACACUUCGAUGGCAUCUGACAACUGAUUCAAAACAACGCAUUGUGGAAGAAGGGUAAGGUUUCCGGAACACUUGAAUGAUUACUGCACGUAUGACACUAAAUAAAAUUUCGUUUCGUCUCGGUUUUUCUUUGUAUUAUGUCAAAAAAACUUUUUAAUAUGUUUAUAUCUAUAUAUUUCAUUCCAGAAAACAAGUUUUUUGUUGCUAAUAUGCUCGCUUUUAUGUGUAAAUGUUCUUUUUUUUUCAAAAGCCAGACCAAUCAUUCUGCGAAAAUCGUUUUUACGCCAUUGCAUGUUUACGAAACACAUGUGUAUUAGUUUAUUUUCCUUUCCACCCAUUUUGUGUCUCUACACAUACGAGUAUAAUUCGACAUGCGUUUACGUAUCCUUUCUUUUUGUUUUCUAGGACGGCCGGGAAAGAUGAAAGAACGAUGAAGUUUACUAUGAGUCGAAAUUUUCACUGUACCCGUUUCUUAAUUAUUAUAUUGUACCACAUGGCCUCUUGUAGUAAGGAAAGACGACCAGACGCUGCCGAACAUAGAAAGCUAUCAGAAGAGUGUUUACUAACGAAAAACACGUUGGGUUUAAACUUCUAGUUGGCCACGUCUUAUGGUCAUCACUACCCCAUAAUCGGGUAGUGAUCUGUAGUGGUUAAUAAAUCCCCAUAAUCAAUAGUUCUGUAAGUCUUCGACAUUUGAUGCUGACCACAUCAGUUUUAAUGGACUCACCUAGCUGAAGACGCUCGGUCACGCAUCUGCACCAGAUCACGAGUGAGAACGCCGUGCUCAACUUCUCCUGCAACCGCUAGCCAGUUUAGAUCAGUACCUCUCGAUAUACUGAUAACCUAUCAAAUAUUUCUUCUGACCUUCCCACUUCUGACUUUUGAUGGGCAGGGUGGGUAGGAUUCAAUUAUAGAAGAUGUUAUUGGUUAAAGUGUUGUCAAACUAUAAAUACUCGUGGCAUCUUUACAUCAGACACGAUAAUGAGUUAACUGAACAAGUAAAUCUUAAUUUAAUACGCAGUAGUGUUAAUGCUAUUACUAGGUUAAAGGCUCAGAAGCUGAGAAUGACUAGUAACAAGCCAAUAUCUGCCUUGUUGAUUAUAUGAUGAUUAGCAUUACCUACAAUUCUCCCAUUUCAAAAAGUAUAAAUAUCAGAUGUGCAAUAAAAAAAUCAUCAUUCACUGAACCGCACGUUUCACUGGUCAAGUAGGGCGCUUUAUUGAUGUAAGAUCCAUUCUGAAGAUUUUGUGUGUGAAAAUCCCUCCAUGUAUACACUUGUAGUUUAUUCUUAUUGAUUCCUUCAGUUUUACAUUCUGUUAGUCUUUUUGAUUUCAUUUGAGAUGGUAAUGUUUUUAUUUCAUUGUAAUUUUUACUUUCGUUACGCUUUCACUGAGUUUCCGUAUUUCUUCCCGAACUGCAUUUACGUUGUUUUAGUUUAUACUUAGUCUCAGCGGCAGCCAUAGAAUUGCUCCCCCUGUGAUUGUGUUGCUUGCAUUGACUGGAAUUGUACAUUUUUGAUCAUGGAUUGAAGCACUCUUCCGGAAUUGGAAACACUGUGUUAUAAAGCAACCAAAUAAUGUCUUUCGAACGAAUCUGUACGUGAUCUAUCUAGAAAGGAUAGAAUAACAUAUAUUUGGUGCUCUUACAUCCUUUAUCAACUUAUUUAUUUAUUGUAAUCUAGAUUCCAUUACAGAUUGAACAAUUAUUGGUUGAAUAAAUGGUAGUAAUAUUUGUUUAGAACCGUCAUUUACCGAAUCACUUAAUUUUGGUUUCAACUGGGCAAAAGCGUGUGUCUAAACUGCCUAGACAUUUAUUCCCCAGUCCAAACCCUAGUUUCCAUUCUAGAGUUGGUACACUUAAAAGUGCUCUGAAAAAAUCAAAAUGGGAGGGGACCGCCGAGGAGACCAAGAGAGGUCCCUGCUUAUCUAUCAUUCUACAUCGAACACUCAGACGAUUAACGGAGUCUGCUCACCAGAAGCUUUACUUGGCAGAAAGAUAUGAGCACGAUCUAAAUAAAUGUCAAAAAAUCAAGGCUGAAGUAUUCGUUCACUCCUUUAUUUCGUAUGGGGAUUAUAUUCCAUAUUAUUUCAUAUUGGAUGUUGAAAAAUUUGUGCGUUUGAGAAGAUAGCCUCACACCCCAAAUAGAGACCCCUUCACUACCAGUCUGGUUUCUUCUAUCAGUGGAACGAGGGUUAUCCACCGGCACGAACGACUAUGGUGGCGUACAUCCUACAUGAAAUGCUGGUCGGGUCGUGCAGAAGAAAGUAUACUUUGCGAGAUUUCAGUUGGCUCAGAAGUUCGAAUGCGUCAUUCCAACCAAAUGAAAGCAACUUUGAUCACUAGCAACGAGACUCGGCAUAGAAUACCUCUUGAUGUCCUACUGGAACUUGUGAAAUCAAAACCCCUGUAACAGACAGGUCAGUCUCCGUUCAGGUAAGGAGUAACAUCAUUUACUUAUUGUUUAGAGGGUAGACAAAUUGAGAUCACAGACCAGUCACGCGAUUACAGGUGGACCCUGGCACUAGAUCCUACGAAUCUGCUCAAAAGGAAUAUAGAUUGGAUUAAAGCAUGUUCCGUGCAGGAUUGAGUUGGGGUACUCUCAUUGUCUAGAAAAACUUGAUCAAUGAGGACUGGCAGAUACUUGGAGUAGAUUGGAAUUUCCUCAUGUAAAAAUGAUUAGUAAACUAACAUUCUUCUUAUUGUGGUUCCUACUUCCAUCAAACCUUGUUGUUUAGAGUGUAAUUACGUUCCUGUGUUCUGUUUUAAGGACUUGUCGAAUGAGGUAGUGUCCAAGAAUACUAAGCAAUAACAGUAGCUGGGUUGGAAACCAUAACAACAACCCAUUUCAACCAGCGUAUUAUGAGCAUGCUGUAGUUUCUUGUUUGUAGUGUUACCUUAGCAUAUCUUUCAAGCUCUAUUUGCUUGACAUAUAGAUUUCACUUAUAAUGAAUGUGUAAAACGCUUAGGAAUUGUGUGUACUGGCUGGCUGAAGAACUAUUCCUAUACGCAUCUAUACUGAUAGAACCACGUUUCUUUCUGUUUAAGCAGACGCUGGGGAAAUAUAGUUUGCUAUCAAGUUCUUCCCUCGUAAAUCCAAUUGCUGAAUGUUUUAUGUGAAAUGUAACCGAGAUUUCUUUUCUAGUUUUCUGAUCAGUGAUAAUGAAACCAUCAUCAAUGUAAAGGCAGUAGAAGUCAAUCUUAUCAACAACCUCUCUGAAAACAAGAUGCAACAUCUACAGUUAUCAUCCGUUUCCCAUUAAAGUUUAUAUGUUCCACCUUGGAAAUGAAAUUCUAAACAUCUUUAACGCUUCCACUGACAACUAGUUUGUAUAGGAGAUCUAGGGUUUCGAACUAACUACUUUGCAGUUUUAUGAUAUGGUAAGUUAUACGCAUCUAGAACUGAACGAAGAGGAAGUUCUAUAGCGACUCACGUGCAAAUGAGUUUAGUCUCAUCUAACGCAGUUAAGCCCUUUUGCUGACUCAUUUAGCGGACAAAGUCAUCCGCACUAUAACAACUUAUUGUACCCUUAUUAUUUUGUGCUUGUAUGAAAUACGUAUGCUUGAAUAUUGCUUACGGCCUACGCAUUUAUUCACUCUGCUAGUCUUACUACUAACUGAUUAUUUGAUUCGAUUACUCAUUCAUUUCACAUGCUAUAUAUAUGUCCAUGUUAUUCAUACUCACUCACUAACACACUCUCGUCUCGCUUUUGCUAUGGCUCUCGCUCGCUUGCUUGCCUUUCGGCACAACUCUUCUAUGCUUGUUUAACGCAUCUGUACAUUUGGAUAUAUGUGUGUGGUCUCGCAAUAAACGUAAUCAACACUUCGUAUUUGCCUUCUGAUUAAUAUACCGUUGGGACGUUAUAUAAAACGGUUAUCAAGACGAACUGUAUACGAAGUUUAAGGAUUAUAUCGAAUACCGACCACCACAGUUCUGACUUGUGGACUUUGGGUAAACCGUAGAGCUGUGGUGUGUAUAAUCCAACGGGUUUAUGUGUAUCUUGAAUGACUGGAGUAUUUAUACCUUGAUCCUUCAAUUUUUAAACUAAUUAGUCGGUAAUUUCUGUUUUCACAUUUAUAUCCCUAACCUUGUCGAGUUUUUGAAAUCCAGUCGGAUUAUUCAAAAUCAAGUUCAUUUUAUUAAUGUAAUUAGUUUUGUUGAUUAGGAGGGGAUUCUUUGGGUGAGUUUAGCUUUAUUACUUUUAGGAUGUGCUUCUUAUGACCUUCAUUUGUGGGCAGGUGGCAUCUGAAGAUUCUAGUUGCCGGUGGGAAAUGCUUCAAGAGAAUCACACUUUUGUACGGUCAACAGUACGACUUCACCGCCACACUUUAAGUUAAGGUUCUUUAAUUGACACUUCUUGCAUUUUAUAACUUAAAGGAACAAGUAAUCCAGCCAGCAUGACUCGAUAAGGUCAUAAUUCUGGUAAAUCUGACCACCAUAUCUGAGUGGCAGGUAAGGUUGGUGUGUGGUGAUUUGAACCGAAGCACAUAUAUGCCAAGUUCUACCUCGCUUAUGAAAAACUGAUGAGGGUGACCUUCUCAUCCUCCCAUAUGGCCGCCGCAAAUCUCAAAGCAUUUCGUACCAGCAGACACCGGUUGCCAACUGAAGUCCAUGUGCAUCCGGUUGGGCCACAUGAUACUGGGGUGUAGCACAACAGGAAAUUGAAGCUGACUAUUCCAUUUAUGGACUGCAAAGACAGUGGAAAAACGUAGAAAGGACAGGGACUACCAACUCGGAAAACCCCGUCUAGGUAGGUUACCUGUCCAUUCACAUUGGGCUCAAACAGAUAAGCAGGAUGCGGGAGUUCACUAGUUUCAAGUUGGAAGCAUAAAACUGCUUAAAUAUGAACACCGCGAGUUUAUCGAAUAAAAUGGAUGAACUUCGUGAACCUAGUAGUACUAAUAAUACUCAUUUGAUAGGAAUAUCUGAAACAAGGAUAUCUCAAUUUACGGACCAGGAGUUAGCAAUACCCCGGAUGUUUUGGUUUCGCAGCGACGGGAAUGAGGGUGGAGCAACCACGUACCUGAGAUCUUGCUUGUAAGUACAUCGAGUGCACGACCAAGAGGUAUUCAAACUUGGUGCAUCUAUAUGGUGCUCAGUAAGAUUGUCUACCACCCCGAGGUGUCUAGUUGGAGUCAUUUACAGGAAGCCGACUGCUGACAUGAAGUACGAAGUUCUGGAAUUCACUGCCGGCUGAGCUAGUCCCAGCGACUUCUCAAAAGUCCUUUAAGAGAAAUCUUAACAUACACUUUAGGACUCAAGACAGUAUUUCACUAUGAUUUACCAAGUUUUUUCUUUUUACGCUUUUGUCGUUUAUAUACCUAGAUACUUACCUGGAGGCAUCGGUGAUCCAGUACUACUAGAUGCGGUGGCGCGUUAAGCUAAGGCUUCUUCUAUUCCGUCCAGAACGAUUUAAACUGACUGACUUAGCCGAUUUAAACUGAUAAAAAUUUGAGUAAUGUGUUUCACAAGAUAAAACGAUAUUAACAAGUCACUGAGUAUCACAUUCGAAAGUCACAUCUUCCAGCUAGUUAAUCACACCAACUCAAGGUGUUUGCCAAGAUUCAGUUGAAACAAGCUGAAUUUCAGGAAUGAGACUUGACACUUAUAAAACUUUACUUCGGAUAAGAAUGACCGGUUUCUUUGUUAGUAUUCUGUAUUGAUAUGCCCCAUCUUUCAGGUCCAUUUGGGAACAGUCAUUUUUGAUAAUAUAAGAUAAAUGAGUAGAUCCUAAUGAACACGAACGAAAAGACAUUUCUCUAAGAAGAUGAUCAAUGACUGAAAUUCCUAAUUGAAGCAAUUGAUGUUGCUUUCAUCGAAAGUGUUUUUGGGAUAGAAAGUGUUGUUUGGAAGAAGUCGACAGAAAGCCCUACCUAACCUAGGUUUCGUGUUAUUGUGGACUCGUUAGUGUGUUGUGUCUGUAAUCUAGAUGGAAUCGAGUGGAAUUUGAACUGAUGAUUCCUUCGUACUUGUUGAAUGCUUGAUUUCGAAUUCUAAAUACAGUAAUAAUUCAAAUACUUCUAAUUAUCACAUUGGCGUCACGAUGUAGCCUGUGGUGGAAUUGUUGGAUAUACAUUCAGAUCUUGAUGCUUUUGAGAAUUACUUUGAAAGGUUCGAAAUUUGGGCUAUGACCAAGGAAGAUGGUGAGGAUGUUAAUAUUGUAGCACUUUCUCUCACAUUCAUCGGAAAAGAAGCAUAUGGCUUAUUAAAAACUCUGGCUUUACCGGAAAAGCCCAUUUCGCUUUCUUAUACAGCUCUCAAGGAACUACUACUAGACUACGUUAAGUAUACAAAUUUCGGUUGCGGUAGAGGGAGAAUUCAUAAAAUGAUUCAUGAGGAUAUAAAAAAUUCCACUGCAUUACGUCAUCCCAGUCCAGUGCAUACUGAAGGUUAUGCAGAUAAUUCAUUAGGGAGUUGCGAUGCAGUUCACGAAAAUAGGCACAAGUUUGGUCAAUGCUUGUCCUGUGGCAUGUUCCACUCUUUUAAUCAAUGCAAAUUUCGUAACUCCAGGUGCUUUAAAUGUGGUGAUAUUGGACAUAUUCAGUCAGUUUGUAAUACUACUGUUCAUCUUGCUGCAACUGAUAUUAAGUUUUGUAAUUCUGAUUCUACUGAGUCGAGUAUUCAUAAUGAUCAUUUAUCUUUAUCAACGAUUUUAAGACAGUGUAGAGUCAUAUAGCAGUUUGGAGUUAAAUGAAACUCAGAAUCCUUGUAAGACAAAAGUUUCUAAUCAAUCAAUUUAUCAGAAUUCUCAUGUUAUUGUACCAGGUAUGACUUUUCCUAAUGAUUCACUUGUUUCUGAUGAAAUUUCUUGCAAAUCUGAGGAAAAUAUGUCGAAUGAACCUAGUCAUGAUAGAAAACCUGAUGUAGUUUUGAUGGACGCUGAUUUUUCUAAUGGUUCUUUACUCUGCAAUGACAUUCUUAAUAAAUUAGAGGAAACUAUUCCAGAAGAUUCAAAUCUUGAUGUCAUACCAAAUAUUAUUUGUCCUCAUAAUGCAUUUGUUUCUUGUGGGAAACUUGUUCAAUGCGAAGCACAAGUACUAAAUGACCUCGAUUUUGAUUACAAUUCGGAUGAUUCCAUAUCAACUGCUGUUUAUCCUUAUCAAAAAACACUUCUAAUAUUUACUAUAACCAAUGUGAGAAAUAUGUUUUAAAUGAAGCCACAUCAUCCAUAAAUUGGGGAUAUGAAGAUCCAACAUGAUUUCGUGGGGAGGGUAGAAUAAAAGUUUAUGGUUCAAAUUCUAGGUUGCAGCGGUUUCAGUACACAACCGGCAUGCUGAUUACACAAUCCCAGGAAGAAGGUGAGUCUGUUUUGAUUUCGGUUGUUAAUUCCAAUACUAAUGAGCACAUUCUAGAUAAUACAGACUUUUUAUCCAACACAACGUCGGACAGAUACAGGAUAAACUUAAGAAGACGUACAAUCGAUUACAGACACUCAGUCUCGAAUUUAAGCUGUGGCGGAUGUGAUGCUUGAAUGAACUGAUGAUUCCUUAGUACUUGUUGAAUGCUUGAUUUCGAACUCUAAAUAAGGUACAUUCGUUUGUGGUUAUCUAGUACUUCUUGAUCCGAUUAUGUUAUUUCUGGGAUUCUUAGUUCAUACUAUAAUUCAAAUACUUCCGAUUAUCACAAAUCGAUGCUCUCUCGUAUAUUCGAUCCUUUGUUACACAGCUUCGCAGCCAGAGACGUUAUUAUUGAGCUAUUUGGGCCACGACUGACACCUUGUAGGACUGAGAUGUUUUCACAAGUGACUGAUUACCUUGUGGUAGCCGAUAUCAUGAAUAAUGAUUCUAUUAGUUUGUAGCGCCUGGUCCUAUGUCGAGCUCACAUAUCUUAUUCUAGCAUCCGGACAAGCUGGUUUAUCCAUUCUAAUCAAACCAUAUUUUGACCAUGUUAAUUAUUCACUUAUCAACCUUUAAUGGUUUUAUAUGACCGUAUAUGUGUGCACUUCUUAUCUCAUCCAUCAUAUAUCUGUAACUUAUUUUUAUCUGACUAUAAAUAUUGAUUAAAGCUUGAUUAAAUGAAGUUGAUUCACACACCACCGCGCGUCAUUUAGCUUCGCUUUCUUCUGUUUGCCCUAUCCCUCUCAUUUCAUGUCCAGAUCGUUGAGUGUACAAAAUAUGUGUAUUCAAUAUCCAUUCUCGUAUUCGAAUUAUUGAAUUACGUUAUUGACUAACGCGAUUUCAGUUGAUUAAAUAUACGAGGAUAGCCAACUUGUGUAUUUCAAUGACAAUUAGAACAAUCCAAUUGGAGUCAGAUUCAUGGCCACUAAAAAUUUAACUUGAAUAAAAUUUACGAAUAAAUAACAACGAAAAUAUAUUGAACAGAUUGAUAAAGAAACUACAUAUUUCAUUUUGAGUCUGAAAUGAUUUGAUGAUUUUUACAUUGGUUUUCAGGAGAACCAGACACCAUCCGGACUUUCACGUAAAAACCCAAACAGUACAGCUCAACCCCGUUUAGCAGAGGAACCAGACACCGUACAGGCUUUAACGCUACAAUCUGAAUUGUACAGCUCAAUCCUGUGGCGCAACCACACAGGUACCAAGCACCCUGGUGGACCAUUCGCACCAUUCAUAUACACACUCACAUCACAUGUAUAGUUAUUCCGAUCAAUGAUCGCGUGAAUCAAUUAUGCACAGCACGAACAGGCCAAAGUUGACCUAUUCCGCUUACACGACAGUCAAACUCAUUAGUAUUAGCAAUGGCGGCAUGCCUUACAAUGUCUCAAUGACAAUGGCCCUCGGGAACACUGAAAAGCAACCACCAGUAUGAAUGAAAUCGGUUAACCAGCAAACCAAUUUUUGCAUGAACAGUCAGCAAAACUUGCCAAAGCAAUGCCGAACCGUCCACAAUAACAAUGGCGAACCUCCAGGCUCAUAUGAGACCUUCAGCUCUAUAUAGCCAUGUAGCUUAUACUGCAUACAACACAUGUGUAGUGUAGUAAGCGAAAUAGCCCAGCCUGAAGCGUUAGGGCUUAAAUAAGGCUUAAAACCCACUGUCUGAUGUCGGAAUACUAUAAUUAGACCACCAAGAUCGUUUUUAUCGUAUUUGCGAAAAUUUCAUUUUUCCGACUUUUCAGACACUGAGUUAUGUGAUGACAAUUUUUGUCAUGAACUGGGAUCAGCUGGGAAGCCAUUGUAAAGUAGGCCGAAAUGUUUAAUAAGUACUUCAUUCUACCCACUGGAUUUUCCAGCUGAUAUUUAUUCAACAUAAGAGCUCUCACCAAAAAGAACUUAAUCUGAAUGAUUUCUCGUGAGUUCCAUAUGUUUUUCAAUUGUAGGGAAGAGGCUCUUACCUUCACAUUUGCAUCAGAUCCGCCUUGUUUAUCGGUGACUAUGUCCAGGUACGUGUAGGUUUCCACCUCUUCCAGGGCUUCGCCAUCAAGUAUGAUUGUGUUGGUGUUCUUUGUGUUGAAUUUCAAGAUCUUGCUCUUUCCCUUGUGUAUGUUGAGGCCUACUGAUAUGAUUUAGUUGUAUAUAAUAUUGGCUUCAUCGUGAUGUUAUGUUUGUGCGUUUUAGGUAAGUCAUACAAGUAGGGUUAUUGCUGUCCUUUCGGUUUGAGUUCGUUGUAUGUAGGAUUCUAGAUUAAGUUCUUCUUCAAGAAUUCUCUCAACUUUUUAAAGACGAUUUUAAAUAGCGUCUGCUAGGUCUUUCGGAUAUUGUUGAUGACAAAUCUGGUGGAAUCAUUUAAAAUGAACAUUUACUUUCUUAUGUAUUCGUCUGUUUUUAGAGUGACUACACAGGAAGCUUUGUCUAGUCGGAUUACCAUGAUUGUUCCCUCUUUUAUAAGUUUUCUCACUGUUUGCUGAUUACCUGUAGUUAAUACCUUAGUUUGUGUAAUAUAUAUAUAUAUAUAUAUAUAUAUAUAUAUAACACAGACGUUAGAAUAAGUCGUUUAUCCGACAGUUAUAUUAUACACUUUGUCAGUAAUAUGUUGUCUUUUUCAUAUAAAAUAAAUCAUUUUACCUAACGUAAGUCUUCUCAUCAUUAUAUCAGGUGCUUUAUGUUAAGUUUCACCACAAUGAGAUGUUUCAGGUAGUCAGAUAAUAAAGCUAACAAAGGUAAUUAAAGUAACCCAUUGUGCCACUGAGUAGAAAAAGAAUUAAUCUAAGAAAAUUUUCUUUCUGAAGAAAUCGUUUACUUAUGCCGUACAAUUGUAUUUAUAGCUGUUUGAUAAAUUUAUAAGUCUAUAGAAAGAAAAGACUACAUCAUAAAGUGAUUCGAGGUUUUAUAGAUGGUCAAUUAUCGCUCGUAGUUUUGACUCGUAGAUUAUUUUCAUUCUCCUCUUAUUCUCUAACCCCUUGGUUGUUAUCGAACCCCUUUUGAUGUUUGAAGUCUCGAAUCUUUUUAUGAUGCCAUCUUCUCUAUCUUCCUAUAAACUUAUUUAUCAAGCACCUAUAACUACAAAUGUGCGGCUUAAUUAAAUGAUUUGGUCGAAAAAAGUAAGUAAUAUUUAUAUGAUACAUAAUUAGACGCUUACAUGCAAGACGAAUUUUUUAUGAGUAAAAAUGUGCUAUAUCGAUGGAGAUAGAUGUUUACUUUGAAAGUUUUUAUUACGCUUACAAAUACUGUAACAAGAAUACUCUUUGUGACAAUCACAUUGGAAUAUUGAGAAAUGUAAAAGCAUAAUAAUAACGUUUUAAUGUUAUUUUUAACAGAUUUUCGACACAAUAUAAUCAAUGCUUUUACAUGUCAGUGUUCAUAAAAGCUAAAUAAGAAAAUAUGAAAUACUUUAAAGGAUAUUUUGAAUUGUAUACUCUAGAGAAGAUAUAGACGCACUGAUCAACCGAUAUCUAAAAGUUCAGAUAAUUAUGUAACGAAUAAAAAUUAAAUCUAACGAACCAAAUUAUUUAUUUUGAAUAUUAAAAUAAAACCAAACUUCGCCUGGAGUCCCUCCGGAGGCUACUGCCUGUCCCAAGCCCGGAUAAAGGAGGAGGGUUGGGCAUGGGGUUAGCGACCCCAUCCCGUAGAAGACUAACUCGCUAAAAAAAACGCUAACCAGAAGAAAUUAUUCAAAAAUUUUAAACUCUGCCCUGGGAGUCAGAAGGUCUUCAUUUAGAAGAACUACGACGCCUCAUGAUGAAAGCCGAAUUCCUUCGGAAGUCACGAGGCCAAUGCCCCUUCUGACAACCAGAGCGACCAUUUAUUUAGGUACAUGGAAUACUCGUACAAUGUCUUCCAAAUUGCUGCAGAAAUGAGGAGAUACAACCUGGAGGUGCCUGGGUUAAGUGAAACACAUUGGACGCAGGUUGGACAACAACAAAUAGCUUUAGAGGAGCUUCUGCUAUACUCCGGCCAUCAUGAAGAAAAUGCCCCACAUACACAAGGAGUUGCAUUGAUGCUGUCCAAACAAGCACAAAAUGCACUUAUAGGAUGGGAAUCUCAUGGACCAAGGAUCAUCAAAGCCUCCUUCAAAACAAAGGAAGAGGGCAUUACAAUGAACGUCAACUGUAUGACACGACAAAGAAACUCGCUGGGAAUCGCAGCAAAGCAGAACGACCAGCGAAAAGCAAGGAAGGCAAGGUAAUCACCAACAUUGAAGAACAACGGAACAGGUGGGUAGAAAACUUCAAAGAACUCUUGAAUCGACCAGCCCCACUUAACCCACCCAAUAUCGAAGCAGCCCCCACGGACCUCCCAAUCAAUGUUAGCCCACCAACAUUUGAAGAAAUCAGCAUGGCCAUCAGACAAAUCAAGAGUGGCAAAGCAGCAGGACCAGACAACAUUCUAGCAGAGGCACUAAAAUCAGACGUAGCUGUAACUGCAAGGAUACUCCACAUUCUCUUCAGAAAAAUUUGGGAUGAAGAACAAGUACAAACAGACUGGGAGGAAGCACUUCUGAUCAAAAUCCCAAAGAAAGGCGAUCUCAGCAACUGUGAUAACUACAGGGGCAUCACUGUUCUCUCAAUACCAGGAAAAGUCUGCAACAGGGUAUUGUUAAACAGGAUGAAGGACUGCGUAGACGUCCAACUUCGUGACCAACAGGCAGGAUUUCGUAAGGAUAGAUCGUGUACAGACCAAAUCGCAACUCUACGGAUCAUUGUGGAACAAUCACUUGAAUGGAAUUCAUCACUCUACAUCAACUUCAUUGACUACGAAAAGGCAUUUGAUAGCGUGGACAGAGCAACACUAUGGAAGCUUCUUCGACACUACGGCGUACCUCAGAAGAUAGUCAAUAUCAUACAGAAUUCAUAUGAUGGAUUACACUGCAAAAUCGUGCAUGGAGGACAGUUGACAAAGUCGUUCGAAGUGAAGACCGGUGUUAGGCAAGGUUGCUUACUCUCACCCUUUCUCUUUCUCCUGGUGAUCGACUGGAUCAUGACGUCAACGUCUGAAGGGAAGCGCGGGAUACAAUGGACAUCUAAGAUGCAGUUGGACGAUCUAGACUUUGCAGAUGAUCUGGCUAUUCUAUCGCACACGCAACAACAGAUGCAGGAGAAGACGACCAGCGUAGCAGCAGCCUCAGCAUCAGUAGGUUUCAAUAUACACAAAGGGAAAAACAAGAUUGUCCGAUACAACACAGCAUGCACCAAUCCAAUCACAAUUGACGGAGAAGAUUUGGAAGAUGUAAAAACCUUUACAUAUCUGGGUAGCAUCAUUAAUGAACAUGGUGGAUCUGAUGCAGAUGUGAAGGCACAGAACGACAGAGCAGGAGCAGCAUCCCUACAACUGAAGAACAUCUGAAACUCAAAACAAAUGUCUGUCAACCAGCACCAAGGUCAGGAUUUUCAAUACAAAUGUCAAGGCAGUUCUACUGUAUGGGGCGGAAACCAGGAAAACUACGAAAGCUAUCAUCCAGAAGAUACAGGUGUUUAUUAACAGUUGUCUACGCAAAAUAGUUCGGACCCGUUGGCCGGACACUAUUAGCAACAACGUACUGUGGGAGAGAACAAACCAGAUCCCAGCGGAGGAAGAAAUCAGGAAGAAGCGCUGGAAGUGGAUAGGACACACAUUGAAGAAAGCACCCAACUGCGUCACAAGACAAGCCCUCACAUGAAAUCCUCAAGGCCGAAAGAAAAGAGGAAGACCAAAAAACACAUUACGCCGAGAAGUGAAGACAGAUGAGAAGAAUGAACAAGAAUUGGAUGGAACUAGAAAAGAAGGCCCAAGACAGAGUGGGUUGGAGAAUGCUGGUCAGCGGCCUAUGCAACAUUGGGAGUAACAGGCGUGUGUUAAUACAAUUAUGUCGAAGGCUGGGAAUUAGAGUAGAAAAUAGGGUGCAAAAUAUUAUGUUUAAAUUACAAUAGUUUCGGAACAAAAAGGGUAUGCCAAUGAAUCAUACAUCGAACGAAAGCUUAUGUUCUGUAGAAUAGAUUAGGGACAAAAAUAAAUGUCAGUGUUUUACAAGCUUCGAAUAAAAUGGAAUAAUGUCCCAAAAAAUAGCUUCUUGUUUCGCUGUUCACAACAGGAACAUAAACAUAAUGUUGAAUAAACCUAAUAAUAUCAUCUUAGCAACAUGAUUUAGGUCAGUUAUAGCUUUCAUAAAUCAUAUUGUAGCUUUUGUUUACAGAGCAAUUCCUUUGUAAAUUAUUCCACGGCUAAUUCAAACUCGAAAUAUAAUAGUGAAUAUCAACUUCCGGAUGCAGGCACAUCCAGCUGAUGAGUCCCAAAUAGGACGAAACGCGUGUCCUGGAUUCCACUGCUAGCCACUGCCCGUCUUUGCUUAAAAUUCAUUUAACUUUGUUUGAUAAAACGUAAACUACUCUAAUAUAUGUACAGUAGUUCAUAUUGAAAACCCAAAAUAUUUUCGUUGGCAUGUAUUUUAAGGAAAAUUAACAGAAAUUUAUUUAUUACAAGGUUGAGAAGCUGUAACUAAAGCCUAACAAUAUACUGUACAAUUUUCUCAGUGGAUUACUUAGGUUUUCUUUAAUAAACAUCCAUUUUUUUCUAUGCUUUAUCACAUAUUAAGUCUGGUUUUCAAUCUACAUUUCGCUCUUACCCAUUAUCUUGCUUUUUAUGUUAAACUAUUUAUUAACAGAAUAUCCCGUCGACGACAUCUAGCCAUCUAAUACUGAAAUACAGUGCAUGAGAUGUCGAGUCACUUGAAAUAGUAGCCACAUUACCACUUGAUCUAUAAGAUCAGGUCAACACUAAGGAGUGGGGAUUAAUUGAUGCUAUUUUCGUUAAUUGUUGUAAUAUUUUUUUAUGUAUAGUAAGUAUUUCGAGGUAUAUUUCAUAUUCAUAUAAUUUGAAGAUAUAUGUGUUUGAACCAUUCUGUUAACUGGAUAGCUGACGUCUUGACGCCUCAUAGUUUGUUGUUUAUAAAUUUUUAGUGUUUAUGUUUGUUUUUCUUAAUAGUAUAGUACGUUCAUAGGCAAAUCUCAACUUGUUUUCAGGACUUCAUGUGGAAAUUUCCAAGAUUCAAUUCAAAAAAUUGACCAGAUGAAUUUGGUUUGAUCAAUAUAAAGAAAUGGAUGAAAUACUAGAGAUUAAACGAUAACAUAUGAAGGAUAUCAUACUAAUAAUUUUCAAAUCUGUGCGAAUAUUCAUUCGGCCGUUAGGUGAACUGUUGACAAUGAGUUCCUGACCGCUCCUUAGAUCCUCAGAACUCUUCUAAAUUGAGCCGCGAUCUGUAGGCACAAUAUAAAAAAUUGAGUUCUUUUAUGUAGAGUAAACGAGAGUAUUUACAAGUUUGUAAAUGACCUUGGUGUUUUGACGGUUUUUGAAAAUACGCAGAAUUUAGUAGCAAAAUUGGUAAUUAUAUGGUCAAAGUGUGCUAUGUAACCGUUUUGUCUGCACCUUCUAUAUACCUAUAACUUAAUGACAAAUUUACUGUGUCACUCCAUCUUCGGAGGUUUUUACUUAUCCAUCUCUCCACCCUUCCGUUCAUUGGACUGACCAUCAUUAUUGGUUGUCUUCAUUUGAAAUAUAUUCAGUGGGAAAUUUGAAAAUCGUUUUCAUUGUUCAUUGUUUUUUUAUCAUUCUGAACUGACUGAAUAUAGUGUUUUCAUCUUGUUCUCUGUUAAUGAGGGAAUUCUCCAUUGCUCCCAACAAACACAUACAUUCCAUGGGUUUAUAUAUUUUUUGGCUAUACAAAUUAUUGAAAUUACACAAGCUUAGAUUAUAUUUCAGUUUUAUUCCAAAUGUAUAACUCCUCCGUCAUACGGAACUAUGGUUGGCUGGAAUAUUUCAAGAGAUUGGAAUACUUGUAUCAUAUCAUUCAGUUUCAGUUUACUGAUAGUAUUAAAAAUAUAGAAAAUUCUAUGUAAAAUUACGUAUGCAUAUAUUAUAGUAUUUUGUUAAAAAUAAAUAUAUAACAGUACAAGAUUGAUUGAACAAUCAAUCAACACUUUUUUAGUCAAACUAUGUUAUGAACUCUUUAUUUAGAUAGUUUUCUUUAUAGGGAAAACUUAGAGGAUAUAAAACCUUUUUUUAUUUAAUCCAUCAUAAUACAAUGAUGUGAAGAAAAAAAACACAACACACUAUAUUGUGAUUUUCUAAAAUGUAAAUUGAAAAUAUUAACAUGUUAAAUAAGUGGAAAAUAUUAUUUUGAAAUAUAAUAACCUUUAGAAAUUAAUAUUACACCAAUCAUUACACCAGUCAUCAAUUAUAAAUUAUGCAACUUCUAGAGUCUUUCAAUCAAUUAACAAUAGAAUAUAUUACAUGAAAAGAAAAAAAAACAUGAUAAAUAAAUAAAAAACCAUCGAGUUAUUCCUUAGCUUUUAUUUGUUUGAUAAAUAAAUAAUAUCUUAAGAGAUAUCAAAUUUCAAGUGAGAAAUAAUCAUAUAAAAAUAGAAUUCUAAUUUAUUUUACC